CUCCAUCCGUCGCAUCCACACAUGAGCUGAUCUUCUCGCCAUUCUUCUUACAUCCAUCCACCAGCAGCCCAUCCGCGAAAGACACAAUGCCAAGCGCGCUGCCACACCCGGCGCUGGAUGCGUCGCAGAACCUGAUCCCAGCGCUGAAGGCCUUCUGGCCCACGUACAAGAGCUUCUUCCCCUCGGCGACCAGCCUGCUCGACUACCGCAACCAUGUCGCCUUCUACAGCAAGGCUGACUCCCUGCACAGCGCAAUCGCCAUCUGCGGCUUCUUCACCAUCUACGUCUACGUCAUGCAGCAGAUUACGGGCAAUGCCUCGCAGGUCGACGGCCUCUGGACGUUCUUGCCCGUCAUCUACGGCGCACAUUUUGCUCUGCAAAAGUACGUCGCCUACCAGAUCGACCCGCCGAAGCUGAGCGGCUUCUUUGGCGCCACACGCUCGGUCACGCAGAGCUGGGCCGAUCUCGUGGAGCCGCGUCUGGCGCUUAUGCUGGCCCUUCAGCUGCUGUGGAGCGCGCGUCUGACGUACAAUGCCGUCCGUCGAGGCAUGUUCAAGGCCGGCGAGGAGGACUACCGAUGGCCGUUGCUUCGCGCGCGCAUGUCGAGGCCCGUCUGGGAGAUCUUCACCCUCACGUUCAUUGCCAUUGCCCAGAACAUCCUGCUGGCGUGCACGGCGCUGCCCCAGUACGUGAUUCUCCAGUCGGCCAGUGCAAAGUACAAGUCGGCGCCCCCACCGCGUCCGGCCUCGCACCUGGUGGCGGGCGACUACGCGAUUGCAGCGCUGCUCGUCGUCAACCUCGUCGUGCAGUUCAUCGCGGACCACCAGCAGCAGGAGUACCAGAACUUCAAGCGGGGCAACGACAUCACGGGCAAGCCCCUCACGGUGAGCGAGGCCCGCAGCAGCCGCUACACGCCCUCGGACGCCAAGCGCGGCUUUGUCACCAAGGGCCUCUGGGCCUGGAGCCGGCACCCCAACUUUGCGUGCGAGCAGACGACGUGGUGGAUCCUGUGGCUCUUUGUGCCCCUGACCUUCUACCCCUCGUCGCACCACGUGGCCCGGCCUGCGUUCGAGUACCUCGUCAACGCCGCCAUUGCCUCGCCGCUGCUGAUGAACAGCCUCUUCCUGCCCUCGGCCCUCUUUUCUGAAGAAGUGUCUGCGGAAAAGUACCCCGAAUACCGCCAGUACCAGCGGCGCGUGGGCAUGUUCUGGCCCAUCCCCGACACGCUCGCACGGUCCGCCUACUACGGCUUCGUCGCCGACAAGGCGACCAAGCAGCGCGUCGAGGCCGACGUCUGGGGCUCGCCCGCCGUGCACGACAAGCUCAAGUAGUGAUGAUUUAAUCGGCCCCUUUAAUCAUUUGUGUCAACGUCUAUGAAAGAAUUCUUUUUGUCUCUAUCUCGUUUGAGUAAUAGUAAUGGAAUGGAAUGUGGUUGAAUC